GUCUAUGACACCAUUGUUAUAAGAAUUCUAUUUUACCGUCAUACAAUUACAAGUAGAAACUUGUUGCUGGCAAAAUGCACUUAUAAACUUAAAAGCUUCAAGUUGUCGAGGGUUAGUAUUUAAUAGUUAAUUGUUUUGAGCACAUCGAAGCCCACUAGGUUCUUUUGAGGUGAAUUAAAACAUUCAUGGCAAUUGCUGCAGGAAGGACUUCUGGCAUUCUAAGGCGAUCUUUUCAGAGAAUCAUGGCAGAGAACUCAAAGACCUCCUUACGGAAAUUUGCUACAAAAGAGUUCGAGGAAAUAAAAUUCAAUGUCCCCUGGGGACACAUAGCAGGCAAGUGGUAUGGCCCAAAAAACACUAGACCAAUAGUCGGAUUCCAUGGCUGGCAGGAUAAUGCCGGCACAUUCGACACACUCGCCCCUCUUUUGCCAUCACAUAUUGGAUUCUUAGCCAUCGAUUUACCCGGUCACGGACUGUCUUCUUGGCUUCCCGAGGGUUGCACUUAUCAUUGCGUGGACUAUGUAACAUUUGUGCUUACUCUGAUGCGAGAAUUCGGUUGGGAUAAGAUUUCAAUGAUCUGCCAUUCGAUGAGUGCAAUCAAUGGAUUCGUAUUCAAUUCACUGUACCCGGAUAAAUGUGACUUAUACAUUGCUCUGGAUGUCCUGAAACCUUUGCUGCAACCCAAGGAUAUUGUUGUGAGCAGUGUUGCAGAAAAACUGGAAGGGCUUAUUAAGGUUUCCGAAAGGAAGCUCAACAAAUCCGAACCACCAAGCUACGAGUUUGAACAAUUGGUAGAUCGAUUGUAUGAAGGAUCAGGUAAAUCCAUCGAAAAGGAAUGUUGCCAAUUUAUUUUGAAGAGAAAUAUCAAGCCGUCGGCCACGGACCCAACUAAAUAUAGCUUUAGUCGAGACGAUCGAUUGAAGUCUAUGUUAUUCUAUGCUCUGCCACAGGAGUUAGUUUGUGAUAUGGCGGCGAGGAUCAGUUGCCCACAUUUAUUUAUUAAAGCCCUGCAAGCACCUUACUAUGAGAAAAGGUCUAAUUAUGAUGAAGUAAUAAAUGUACUAACAAAGAAGCCUACAUUUGAGUACCAUCAAGUGGAUGGGACACAUCAUGUACAUUUAAACGAACCAGAGAAAUUGGCUGAUAUUAUUAAUCCUUUUAUAAAUAAGUAUAGAUCUCAAUAAAGUUAAAUUAUUGUUUAAAAAUG